CAGGAGACGCGACACAAGCUGGUGCUGAAAGAAUUUCUGAGCCGGCUAUGGAUGAGAAAAUUUCGCCCGAGGCCAAAGAGGUGGCAGACCUGGAACUUGACGCUGUGAUUGGCUUCAAUGGACAUGUUCCCAAUGGUCUCAAAUGCCAUCCUGACCAGGAGCAUCUGAUUUAUCCUCUGGGUUGUACAAUACUCAUUCAGGCAAUAAAUACUCAAGAGCAGAAUUUCCUACAUGGUCAUAGUAACAAUGUCUCCUGUUUGACCAUCUCCAAGAAUGGAGAUUACAUUGCCUCCGGACAAGUCACAUUCAUGGGGUUCAAGGCAGAUAUCAUUUUGUGGGAUUAUAAGGAAAGGGAGCUGAUUGCUCGGCUGUCACUUCACAAGGGCAAAAUUGAAGCUCUGGCCUUUUCACCAAAUGAUUUGUACUUGGUAUCACUAGGAGGCCCAGAUGAUGGAAGUGUGGUGGUAUGGAGCAUAGCCAAGCGAGAUGCUAUCUGUGGCAGCCCUGCCGCUGGACUCAAUGUCGGGAAUGCCACCACCGUGGUCUUCUCAAGGUGCCGGGACGAGACAUUUGUCACUGCUGGAAAUGGGACAAUUCGAGUGUGGGAACUGGAUCUUCCAAAUAGAAAGAUCUGGCCAACUGAGUGCCAGACAGGACAGAUGAAAAGAAUAGUCAUGAGUAUUGCAAUGGCUGACGAUGACAGUUUUUUCUACCUUGGCACCACAACUGGAGAUAUUCUCAAAAUGAACCCCAGGACAAAGCUGCUGGCAGACACUGGGCCUGCAAAAGACAAGUACAGUUUGGGUGUGUCGGCCAUCAGAUGCCUGAAGAUGGGGGGUUUGUUGGUGGGCUCUGGAGCUGGAUUGGUGGUCUUUUGUAAAAGCCCCAGCUACAAACCUGCCAAGAAAAUUCAGUUACAAGGUGGCAUCACUUCUAUCACACUUCAAGGAGAAGGACACCAAUUUUUUGUAGGAACAGAAGAAUCACACAUUUAUCGCAUCAGCUUCACAGAGUUCAAAGAGACUCUCAUUGCGACAUGUCACUUUGAAGCUGUCCAGGACAUUGUCUUUCCAUUUGGCACCGCUGAGCUAUUUGCCACCUGUGCCAAGAAAGACAUUAGGGUCUGGCACACGAUGUCCAAUAGAGAGCUGCUGCGGAUCACUGUGCCCAACAUGACCUGCCAUGCCAUCGAUUUCAUGAGGGACGGCAAGAGCAUCAUUUCAGCAUGGAAUGACGGUAAAAUCCGGGCCUUCGCCCCUGAGACGGGCCGACUGAUGUAUGUCAUUAACAGUGCUCACAGGAUCGGAGUGACUGCCAUCGCCACCACCAGUGACUGCAAAAGGGUCAUCAGCGGUGGUGGGGAAGGGGAGGUGAGGGUGUGGCAGAUAGGCUGCAAGACCCAGAAGCUGGAGGAGGCCCUGAAGGAGCACAGAUCCUCUGUGUCCUGCAUUCGGGUGAAGAAGAACAACGAGGAAUGUGUCACAGCCAGCACAGAUGGCACUUGCAUCAUUUGGGACCUCGUGCGUCUUAAGAGGAAUCAGAUGAUCCUGGCCAACACCUUAUUCCAAUGUGUUUGUUAUCACCCCGAAGAGUUCCAGAUCAUCACUAGUGGGGCAGACAGAAAGAUUGCUUACUGGGAAGUAUUUGAUGGGUCAGUCAUCCGAGAGUUGGAAGGUGCCUUGUCUGGGUCAGUAAAUGGUAUGGAUAUCACACAGGAGGGAGCGCACUUUGUCACAGGUGGAAACGACCAUCUGGUCAAAGUUUGGGAUUACAACGAGGGUGAAGUGACUCAUGUUGGGAUGGGACAUAGUGGCAAUAUCACUCGUGUCCGGAUAAGUCCCGGAAAUAAGUACAUCAUUAGCGUAAGUGCUGAUGGGGCCAUUCUUCGAUGGAAGUACCCCUAUGCCUCUUGAAGCCACCAGGACCUCACCAGCCUCUGCCCUGUGUGCAGUCCUGAAGGCUGAGUUUGGAUAUUUCAACACUAGUCUUGAUUUCUUAUCUCUCAGGUUUUGCUCUUUAGUCAAAACAUUUUAUCUCUAAGUUUCUCCUUUCUAGAAUGCAUCUUGCAUUCUUAAACCGUACCUUAAUAUUGAAAUGUUCAAAAAUAAUUUGCCCAGACUGUAAUUUUAAGGGGUUUUAAAAAAUUAUGAAUAAAUUCCCAGUUGUUGGCUUCCUGUCAUAAUCUCUUUUCUGUGACUCUGCGAAACCCACAGACUUUCUGUAUAAGUCCACAGAUACAGCAUUGUUAUCUUCCAAAAAUGAGGUGAAGUGAAUUUCCCUUCUGAAUCAUCUUUUCCCUAAUCAAGCUGUAUGGAGCAAGACAGGUUUGAACCCAGAUCUCGGGCAAGCUUCUAAAAAACUCUCAGCUCUAGUUUUCUCUUUUGUCAAGUGCGAAUAACUUCCUCUCUGUGAAUUCGAGGCCUGCCUGGACUCCAUAAUGAGUUCAAGGCCAACCUGAACUAUGUAAGCAAGACCCUGUCUCAAGAAACAAAAUAAAACAAAACAAUUCCUCUCAAAAGGUUAUUGUGAGAACUGAGUGAAAUAUUGUUAAAAAAAUCAGAAUUCCUUCCACAGAGGGUUAAACUUGUGUGCUUUCUCAAACAAAUUGCAUGUUGUGGCAUCUUGAGAUUUUCAAAGAUGAACUUACAGAGAUGUUGGAUUUGGUCAUAAACUCUUUGUCCAGUGCUCACCGCCAGAAGGCAAUGAGAUGGACCUUGUGUACUAAUUAUUCAAUAGGGUAUCUUUUCCCAGGGAAUGUAGAUGGUAGUAUUUUCCAAAAACAUUUCAAGUCUCCAGGUCACAGUACAUUCUUGUGUUCUAGGCAUAUUCUUUAACCUUUAACUAAGGCUACUCUCUCGUGGAUCAGGUAAUUGCUGAGACCCGGUUUGAAAGAUCAAGGAGGAUAUUUAAUAAAUGACUAUCACUUAUUUAUUAAAUAAGUCACAUUUCAGAGAGCUGAGGUAAUACUACAUCUUGCUGAUCUCUUUCUGAGAGAGAAACUGAUAAGAAAUUCAUUUUGCAAGACGGCUGCCUGGUUAAUUAUGAACCCGACAGUUAAGGAAUAAAGUGAGCAGAGGCCCCCCGGGUUACCCAAGGAAUCAAGGGCGGGGCGGGGCCGAACUAGUUCUGAUUGGGCCACCAUUCAGCCAGGAUUUUGCGUCGAGGCUUGAACAAGCCAAGGGUUAGGGGGCGCGCCUGAGAGCUGGAAAACUUCCUGCUGAGCAAGUACUGAGCUUGGAAGAGGCCUGUGCCGAGCAUGGAGCGGAGCCGGCUCCAGUUCCGGUUUCUCUGCGUGCGGGUCCGAUGGCCUCUCUACAUGGUUUGAGCCCGAGCCCACCU